CCUGGAAAGUCCGCGUGUGUAUCCGUGAGCGCAAGACACUCGCUCGGGGAAGGCGAAGAGGAGCAUGCCGCUCCGCGCAGCCCUGGCUGGCGCUUCCCGCGGACCGCGGCGGGCCUGUGCUUCCGGGCCCAAGUGACCGAUGAAAACCGGUGGCCAAGUCUGGAGGGUGCUUCCCUUUCAGCUCGCUUGCCUCCCAGUUCCGGGGAAAUUAGAAGACUCGCGCGCGCGCUCUGCUCCUUAGAAUGGGCUGCAAUUUGUGCACUUUCCAGAAGAGAGAGGAACACUACAAACUGCUGUACGAAGUUUGCCAGGUCAACGGGAAAGCUCUCUCCAAGGCCACCCAUGGAGAGGCAGUGGAAGCUUUUCGAAACGCCAAGGAGCCCAUCGUGGUGCAGGUGCUGAGGCGAACGCCUCUCGGUAAACCGGCCUGCGGAAUGGCCCCCGCAGUGCCGGUCACGCACGCCAGCACCCAGACGGACAUCACCUUUGAGCACGUCAUGGCCCUGGCCAAACUCAGGCUGCCGACCCCCCCGGUGCCAGACAUCUGUCCGUUCCUGCUCUCAGACAGCUGCCAUUCUCUUCAUCCAAUGGAGCACGAAUUUUAUGAGGACAAUGAGUAUCUUUCCAGUUUACCUGCUGACGCAGACAGAGCAGAGGACUUUGAAUAUGAGGAGGUUGAGUUGUGUCGUGUCAACAGUCAAGAGAAGCUGGGCCUGACAGUCUGUUACCGAACGGAUGAUGAAGAAGAUACUGGCAUUUAUGUCAGCGAGAUAGAUCCAAACAGCAUUGCCGCCCGAGACGGUCGAAUUCGAGAAGGGGAUCGUAUCUUGCAAAUAAAUGGGGACGAGGUGCAGAAUCGGGAAGAGGCGGUGACGUGGCUGUCCAGCGAGGGGCACAGGACGAUUGUGCUGCUGGUCGCCAGGCCGGGCAUCCAGCUGGAUGAAGGCUGGCUGGAGGAUGAAAGGAGCGGAUUCUUGGAGGAGUUAAACUUGGAGACGUUGGAAGAACAGCACGAGGAAGCGACGAAGCACCCCGCCGACGAGGUGAAGCAGCCAAAAACACAAGAGGAAGAAGAAGGCACCACAGACACAGCCACAUCCUCGUCCAAUCACCCCGGGAAGGACAGUGGAGUGGGGCGCAACGACGAGAGCUCGGAGCAGGAGCACGCGGCCAGGGACCCCACGGGCGCAUCUCGGAAGGGCGGCACCGUGCUGGGGCAGAGCCAGGGCGCUCUGGGCAGCGCUGACCUGCGGCGCAACGAGAGCCUCAUGUCCGGGGAGUGCCUCGACUCGGACUGCACUGGCCGCCGCGACGAGGAGGGUGAGAGAUUCCGGCAGCUCCUGGAACUCAAGUGCAAGAUCCGAAGCCAUGGGGAGUAUGACCUGUACUAUUCGAGCAGCACAAUGGGUUGCAGUCAAGGGGAGCAAGAGGGGGUGCAGCACGAGCUCCAGCUGCUCAACGAAGAGUUAAGGAACAUCGAACUCGAGUGCCAGAGUAUCAUGCAGGCUCAGAGGCUCCGGAAAGUGCCCGACGACUGUGGAGACAUCUGGGCAUUGCACGAUGGAGGGUUCCGGAAUUAUAACACCAGCAUGGACGUGCCCAGGGGAAAGCUCGAUGACAUUAUCGAACACCCGGAGAGGUCAGACAAGGACAGUUCUAGCGCUUACAACACGGCGGAGAGCUGCAGAAGCGCGCCGCUCACGGCCGACCGCUCCCCUGACAGCUCCCUCCCGAGGGUCAUCAGCCUCACCAAUACGAAGAACCUGGGGAGCACGGCUGCGGCCAGCCAGGCCUCUUCUGGACAGGACAGCGAGUCCACGGCCGCCAAAGCCAAAGCCGCGGAGCAAGGCAGCAGCGUGGAAGGCAAGGAGAGGGGUUCGGAGGGCGGCAAGCUUUCGGAUCAGGAGAAGACAGGCAGCGGGCGCAUCCCUUACCUCUCCCCCCACCACGGCUCCUCCUGCAGGGCUGCGAACAUCCCGGCCCACGCGCGGCACUACCAGAGCUACAUGCAGCUGGUGCAGCAGAGGUCCGCCGUCGAGUACGCGCAGAGUCAGCUCAGCCUGGUGAGCCUGUGCCGGGAGGCCCAGAAAGGCCCGGAGCCCAGGAUGGAAUGGAAGGUGAAGAUGAGGAGCGACGGCAGCCGCUACAUCACCAAGAGGCCCGUGCGAGACCGGCUCCUGAAGGAGCGGGCCUUAAAGAUCAAGGAGGAGCGCAGCGGCAUGACCACCGACGACGACACCAUGAGCGAGAUGAAGAUGGGGCGCUACUGGAGCAAAGAGGAGAGAAAGCAGCACCUGGUGCGGGCCAAGGAGCAGCGCCGGCGCCGCGAGUGCAUGAUGCGCAGCCGGCUGGAGGGCCCCAAGGAGGGCCCGCCGGGCAGUGGCGAGGGCAAGAAGGAGGUCAGCGUCAUCGAGCUGAGCCACAGGAAGAUGAUGAAGAAGAGGAACAGGAAAAUCUUGGACAACUGGAUGACGAUCCAAGAACUGAUGACCCACGGGGCCAAGUCCCCAGACGGCACUCACGUUCCUAACGCCUUUUUGUCAGUCACCACCGUAUGACCCGAGGAAAGGGGCGCAGCCGGCUCUAAGGGGUGCUACCACUUUGGGUAGAGAACGAUUGCCUCGUUCAAUGUGGCGUUUUUAUAUAUAUUUUGUGACUCUUUAUAGGUUACAUUUUUUUUGUAAGCAAGAAUAUCCCGUAAUUUUCCAUUUGUUUUUCAUAUUCUGGUACCUUCUUUUUGGCUGAGAUCUUUCUUUGACUUGUUAUAUAUUCAUAUUGCUCAUUUAUAUAUAUAAAAAACAAAAGGAAAGAAAAAAAAUCAACGAAAAUACUGAGGAGCCACUUAAGUUCCUAUUUUCAUGUAUCUAUUGUAAGUUAAGAUCUGGAUUUAUUUCUCUAGUUUACUUAUUUUCUACUUUAAUAACUCAAUGCUGAAACAUUUCUAUGCUCACUUCUUGGCAUAAAAACUAUUAAAUCAAACCUGUUAAUGAAUCGUGUGCCACCUGUUGUCUACACAUAAAAACCACCUCUUUUAGACAUCCUGUUGUGCGUUUAACACACCAAUGGCCGUCGUUUCUGUCUCCGUAAAGUGUAGGUGGACAAUCUUCCUGUGAUCUGUAGUGACAUUGGUCAUGUAGCUAGACAAUUGUGGUAAUUGUGACAAUAAACGAGAAAUAAAUUAUUGAUUAUCCUUAAGAAAAGUUAUCAAGGAGUGUUUUAUUUUCAUUGUCCACUGUGGUUAACAGACAUAAAUUAGUUAUAUAUGUAUACUAUUUAGAAGACUCCUAAUUGUGGAUUAUAAAAUGUGUACAUUUUCUAUCACUUUUUUUGAAUAAAAGUGUCUUGAAAUA